AAGUGAUAGAAUUCGUGACAGAGCCCCCGAGCGGCUUAAUGGUUUUCAGUUUGUGACACGCCGUGUUCCCGGCCGUAGCGAGUACCCUACUAUGCACCCAUUAUCCGCACCAUUGGUCAUGCCUAAAACAUGAAGCUGCAUAUUAGCGGCGUUUUUCUCAUUUUGGUUUUCACACUCGCCAAACACAUUUUGGCAGCCAAGAGACUAAAGAGGCAAGAUGAGCAACCAACCCCUCCGAGUGACCCAAUCCCGCAGCCCCCUGAUGUUCCGCAGCCCGACCCCAACAAUCCUUCGGGCACUCUAGCCCCGGAUCCCAACAAGCCGUUCGCACCGCCUUACAACCCGGGGCCACCCAUCACACCCGUAGAUUACACCUACUCUUUAAAUGGAGGAAAUGGCCCAAGUUCCUGGCAAUCGUCAAACCCGCAGUGUGCAGGAAAGAUGCAAUCACCAAUUGAACUUUCGGACGUGCCUUUAGUUGGAGUCUCGUACCCGCCCCUGAGGUGGGAAGGACACUGGGAUGUCAGGGACGAAGGAUUCAUCUUGGCCAACAUAUAUCAAGGAGUGCAAGUGCAGUUCGUGGGCGACGGGCCGCCAAGAUUGCGCGGAGGGCCUCUUCCAACCGAUUUCAUGCUCUCACAUGUGAAUUUUUACUGGGGCAACGAAACAGGCAGCAUCCACUCCAUCGAGAAACACUUUUUUGGUAUGGAGGCUCACAUGGUGCACUACAAACGACGCUAUGGGAGCUAUGUGAACGCAACCAAAGAGCAGGAUGGAAUCGCUAUUGUUGCUAUAUUUUUCACGGCGUCCCAGAAAAAUAACAUGGGCAUGGCCACGCUCGUCGCGGGUUUGUCUGGUAUUCGCAAUCCGGGUUCAAGCAUUCCACUCUACGGUGACGCGAUGAUGUGGCUCAAGAACUUCAAUUACAUCGAUCAUUAUUACUCAUACGCUGGCUCUCUGCCUCACCCACCGUGCAACGAAAUGGUCACUUAUAUCGUUAUGGAAAAUCCGAACACAAUUGGAAUUAAACAGAUAAGAGACUUUCAAAAGGUUCGUACGAGUGAGGGCCCACUGAUCCAAAACCGGCGGCCCAUACAGCUCCGAAACGGUAGACAAAUUUUCUAUUGCAACUAUUCCAGGGCAGACGAAAUUUCAACUCUGCACAUCAUCGUUUUCACAAGCAUCCAGAUAUUCAUUUUUGUAUUCAAAUAAACUUGCUGAUCUAAAUAAAACUCGUGACGUGCACUGAA